GAUGCUUCCCCUUUAAUGUGAAGCAGUGAGGACAGGAGUAUCAGGGAAGCGGGGAGCGCAAAGGGAUGGGGCGAGGCGCGCAAGAAGCUCUUAGUAUGCGCUGCGAUGCCCUACUGCAGCCCACGCGUCUCAACUAUGGUGAAUUAUGGUGAAAUAUGAGAGACAUGGGAAGAACAGUUGGUCGUGAUGAGAUGACACACCUGCUGGACAGAUUAGUCAAAUGAGGGAAGAAGGACAGAUAUGAAGGAAUGGACAGACGAACCUCAAGGCGCCUUUUAAGAGGAGACAAACUGGAUAAAAAAUAAAUGCGUCUGCGCACCAAGAGAAUCAGGAGCCGGAGCUUCCUGGCAGAAAGGAGCUGCUUUGACCGCGGGGGCUGACUUUUGACCGGACACUUCUGCUGACCCGUUACGCAGCACCGUCACAAGACACAAGUGCCUGUGCAAAUAGCUCUUUGCUGCCGGCACCUGAACCCACGAGCGUGUGGAGCCAUUAUCUCCUCGUGGCCCAACGUGGCCCCACCCUGUCUGAAAUCUGCAGGUCCCAUCUCCUUGCAGCAUGACGGUUGCUACAAGCGACCCUGCAGACGAAGCGGCAGCACAUCCGGGUCAACCUCAUGACCAGUAUGACCCAGAACCAGACCAUGAAUGCUGUGAGAGGGUUGUCAUCAACAUCUCAGGCUUGCGUUUUGAGACACAGCUCAAAACCCUCUCUCAGUUUCCAGAGACGCUGCUGGGGGAUCCCAAAAAAAGGAUGAGAUAUUUCGAUCCUCUCCGGAAUGAGUACUUUUUUGACCGGAAUAGACCCAGUUUUGAUGCUAUUCUGUACUAUUACCAAUCAGGAGGGAGGCUUCGUCGGCCUGUCAACGUGACCCUGGACAUUUUUUCUGAGGAGAUCCGGUUUUAUGAAUUGGGUGAGGAAGCUAUGGAAAUCUUCAGGGAAGAUGAAGGUUUCAUAAAAGAAGAGGAGCGGCCAUUGCCAGAGAAUGAGUUUCAGAGACAGGUUUGGCUGCUGUUUGAGUAUCCAGAAAGCUCAGGCCCUGCCCGCAUCAUUGCCAUCAUCUCUGUCAUGGUAAUUCUUAUCUCUAUUGUCAGCUUCUGUCUGGAGACACUGCCAGUUUUCCGAAAUGAAGAUGAAGAGAUGUACACUUAUCCAUUCCAGUCCAUGUCCAAUGCCACCUCUACCUAUGACAGCACAACAUAUUUUACAGAUCCUUUCUUCAUCGUGGAGACCCUCUGCAUCAUCUGGUUCUCCUUUGAGUUCUUAGUUAGGUUCUUUGCCUGUCCAAGUAAAGCUGGAUUUUUUGGCAACAUUAUGAACAUCAUUGAUAUUGUGGCCAUCAUCCCCUACUUCAUCACCCUGGGCACAGAGCUAGCUGAGAGGCCAGAGGACAGCCAGGCAGGGCAGCAGGCCAUGUCUUUGGCUAUUCUUCGUGUCAUCCGUCUAGUCAGGGUGUUUCGUAUUUUUAAACUAUCGCGUCACUCCAAAGGGCUGCAGAUCUUAGGACAGACUCUGAAGGCCAGUAUGCGUGAGCUGGGCCUCCUCAUCUUCUUCUUGUUCAUUGGUGUGAUCCUCUUCUCUAGCGCUGUCUACUUUGCAGAAGCAGAUGAGCCACAUUCCCAGUUCAGCAGCAUCCCAGAGGCCUUUUGGUGGGCAGUGGUUUCCAUGACCACCGUGGGCUAUGGAGACAUGGUGCCAACAACAAUCGGAGGAAAGAUUGUAGGGUCUCUCUGCGCAAUUGCCGGCGUGUUGACUAUUGCCCUGCCUGUACCCGUCAUUGUGUCAAACUUCAACUACUUCUACCACAGAGAGACAGAGGGCGAGGAACAGGCACAGUAUUUGAACAUCCCAAGUGUGCCUAAAGCCAGUUCGGCUGAUGAUCUGAAGAAGAGUGGUGGUCGGAGUGGCAGUGGAUCCACGCUCAGUAAGUCUGACUAUGUGGAGAUCCAGGAGGCUGUGAACCACAGCACUGAGGACUUCAGACCAGAGGGCAUGAAAACAGGAAACUGUACCCUAGCCAACACUAACUAUGUAAACAUCACCAAGAUGCGCACAGAUGUAUAAUGUGAGCUACCCUGGAUGGUUAACUUCAGCUGGCGUCUACAGGGACUGUAACAGAGCGGAAGACUUCCAGUACUGACCAAUGGAAGGCGCCAAGUAUUGGAGCCCAGAGCAGAUAAGUGAGAUUAACUUAGGGAAAAGGUCACUAGAGAGGACCUCAUGUUAGGAUGAUCACAUCCUAACAUCCUACGGCGCGUAUCAUAGAACUGUCACCGUCUUACUUAGGACAUUGUCAGUAUCUGCAUGGAGCUAGUCCAACCUAUGUGACAGUAGUCAUCCUGCUCGCAACAGUAGCCAAAUAGUAGCCUAACCAGUAAUAACCAAUAUUAACAGUGUAAAGGGAUCAGUAGUUUUUAACCUUCUUGCUCAAACUGCCUCCAGGAGAAGAUGCACAAUACCAAUAUUUUAGAUCAGCUCAACCUUUAUUUUUAAACGUAAUUUAAUAUAUUAACUUGCAAUUUAAAAAAAAAAUGCCAUUCUAUCAGCCCUCUUGAGCAACUUUAAUUUGCUGCUCAAACUGCCAAGGUCCUGACUCAGAGAAACACAAAAUCAUCACCAAGAUCACAGCUGUUGUGUCAGGGGAAAACUGAACUAAGCAGCACUGAGUGAAUGCUAAUAUGCUUUUGGCCAAAUGGUCAUUUGUUGCUUUCUGUGUCAGAGAAGAAGCCUGAGUGCACUCACAUUCCUCCCCUGGUGCAAGCCUGUGGCCUCUAUAGUGACCAACAGAUAGAUGACAUCGCUGUGCUGUAAUUCUGGACCACAACAGCAGACCACCUUCUUUUUCCUGCCAUUUUUCCUCAGUGAAGCUCUAGUGGAUUUACAGUAUGUACACUCUUGCCAUGACUCUGGCUUUUUUUUCCCCAGCCAGUGCAGGCAACCAGGUGGACAGAAGAAAUGUCUCUUUAAACAGAAUGAAUGUCUUUUUAAUUUACUAAUGUGUGCUCAUUUGUUGAAAUGUAUGUGUUUUUUGUUUUUGUUUUUUUUGUAAUAUGAUGAAUGUGUCUUUCUCACCUACAGUUAUUGGUUAAAAUACUUGAUGUAGGAGGAGAAAUAGGGAAUACUCUCUGUGUAGCAUCCUGAGUGAGUCCCUAUUUCUCCAUCCUGUUAACUGCACCUUUAAGGGUCUCUUUUAAGAGUCUAAGUGUUGAGUCUGACACCACUGACCAGUAGAAAUGAUGCUAAUCUUAACUUCAUAGCAUUCCAUGUUUGUAGAAAUAGAUAAAAUGAGAUUAAUGAACUGACAUGAUUAAUGAGACUGUAUUUUGUUGUUUUUAAGUUUCAUGGCAGCAAAAUUAACUAGUUUCAUGUCUAAUUAAUGAAAGUAUUUUAUUAUGUUAAUUCAGAAAGUUUAAGAUUUCAGUAUUUAUAAAAGGUCCACUAUCAAAGAAAGGUCUCAGUGAUCAACUUAAAUGAAUUUCUGACACCCUUAAGUUCCAUCUACUGUCAUAGAUGGAAAUGACACCUUUGUGUUAUUCAGUUUUGCAGUGUUAAGCAAUGUGAGUACUAAAGUCUGCUGUAAGCUGACGGCAUGAUGAUAUCCAUUUGUUCAUUGGCAAAGCAGGUAAAAUUGCACUUACCUUAUCAAACUGAUUCAAACUAAAAUCAUUGUGUCCUUUCUCAUAUAAUCCUCCCUUUAAACAAUUCAUCAAAAUUAGUGAUCUUUGCCUGCCUGUAUAACAAGUAAAAUACAAGAAAAAUACAUUAUUCCACUAUUAGAUUUUAUAAAGUUUGCAGCACAGGUAUGAGGUUACUGAAGGGAAAUGUGCACCCACCUGGCAUACUGUAACUUGGGCUGUAAAUUAUAUCGAUUUUGUCAUUAUUUAUUUUCGAUUUUUUUUUGGUACUUGAACAACCAUUCCAUUGGUGAGUUUUUCCUUUGUAAUGCAAAGGUUAUGUGUCUUUCAUCAGCUUUAUAUCGAACAGAUGCUAUUCUGCUAUUGUAGUGCUGCAUGUGCUUUGAAGUAUUCAUUGUAGCAUGAAUCAGUAUGAAUAAUACUUAAAAAGCAAACUAACAUAAAUAUGUAUCUGUUGAGGUAUUAGCGCUAUGUGCAAUAUGCCGUAUGAAAGACAAAUGUAUGUUUUAGAAGUGUGUGUCAUGCUGCACAUAUGUAUCUUCUUGCCAUUGCUAUCAGGAAUGUUGUUGAGUCGCAAUCCGUGUGAAGAUUUACCUGAGGACUGAGGAGGUAACAGCAAGUUAAAUGAGAGAGGAAACAGAGCGGCUUAGAAGAAAAAAAACAGCUAAGUGAGAUGAGAGUCCAAAGCCACGCUGACUAUAGAACAGGGAUAACAAAAUGGUAUACACUUCACAGGUUAACUAUUAUCUUUAUAGUCAGUCUUUAUAGUCCGGUUCAAAACCCGGUAACUGUGUCUCAUAGUGAAAGCAAAACAACAGCUCAUAUCUGCUGCCAGCCUAGUGGAUGCACAAAGAUCCAAAGAGUCAAUCAGUCAGACUUUUUGCUCAGCCAAGUGUAUCAUAAUGCUCCCUGGGACUGUCUGAGUACCCUUAUCACAGAUGUAUAGGUCCAUCAAGCUCAGUGUGCAGUGUUGUCUGUGUAUAUGUGUAUGAGAGAGAGAGAGAGAGAACGAGACAAAGAGACUGAGUGAGAAAUAGGGAGCUUUUAGAUACACAAGAUGAGCGUGUACAGCUUUUAGAGACAAUGUAGUAGAAAUAAAUCUAAAACACUGCUCUUCUUGACUCCAGGCCAGAAUGACUGUGGUGCUCUAUAUUCUAUUUCAGCCUAACACACUGUUUACAGCCUGUGUAUAUAUUCAAAACAUGCAUAGUAUAUUAAACAAAGACAACUGAAAAGAAUGCCCUGCUACACUCACCGGAGAGAAUAUCUGCAGACAUGUUUUGACUUGUGAAAGAAGCUGCAGUAUCAGCAAAUGCCAGUCACUGGGAAAUGAAAAGAGGAAAGACUGGAAGGGAACUAAGAUUAAAACUGCCCACAACCUCCUUUGCUUUGUACUCUGACGUGUACUUGUAUUUUUCUAAACUUCUCUUGUGUGCUGGAACACCUAUGUGACUUUAUGUGGCUUGAAAGUGUCAUCUGUACUGCCGUAUUUUCCACUUUUGUGACCAAACACACCAAUGAAGUGACACUCCAUCAAGACAAAAAUCACUCUCUUGGAGAAACCAAUGGGAUGGCACACCAAGAUCAUCUGAUCCAAGGAAAACACAUCUUUGCUGUACUCGACAACACAGACAAGAGGACGCUUGACGCACACAUACUGGCAGGCUGGCCUUUUGAACACAUCUUGAUGGCCACAUCUGCUUUCAGGACAGACGCCUGUGGUUCUAUCAAGUCCGCAAAGUAAAUAGACUUAAACCUACUGCUGGUGGUGAACACAUAGCCAUGUAAACAAUGUAUCUAAGAAUUCCAACAGCUGCUUUAAAUGAUGUCUUAAAAUGCCUAAAGCUUCAGCUUUAAAACGAGCUCCUGCCAUGUACCGAUUCCUGUGUAGCAGGGAAUCGAAGUGUAUGCUUGCUGAAUUAAUCCAAGAAACAAAAUUUGUAUAGUAUGUGAAUUAUCUCUUAGGUUUAAUAUGCUCCAGGGACUAAGGAUGGAAGUAUAUUAAGAAAUCUGAAAAGAAAUAUAAUUUCUAUGAGAACUAACUUAUUUGUGUCAUCAGACACUGCAUAAUCGAUUUUUUUUUUCAUUGUAAUUUCUAUUUGAAUGUUAUGAUUGACUCACCUUUGAGCCUCACACAGUGCAGGGGCUGAGGUUUAACUGAAAUACACAUGCAGGCCUUGGUCAAA